GAGAGAGAGAGAGAGAGAGAGAGAGAGAGAGAGAGAGAGAGAGAAUAUGUUGGGGGGGUUAUUCAGUACUGCAGUUUUCAGUACGUAGCUUGUGGGAUGAAAGACAUAAAGUGGCGCGCACCGAGCACGAGCUCUGCACGAACCGGGGAUUUAUAAAGGUGUGUGUGUGUGUGUGUGUGUGUGUGUGUGUGUGUGUGUGUGUGUGUGUACGCACGCACGCACGCAGUGUAGGACAGUGUAGAACUUUGCUGCUUUUUGGUGUUCGUUUUUUUGCCCUCUUUUGUCGCGAGCAUGGCGGAGCGGAGCGGCCGUGUGAGCUUCCCUGGGAGCGGCGCGAUCAACACACCUGUCCCCAUGAACCUGUUCGCUACCUGGGAGAUCGAUGGGAGCUCCGCGAGCUGUGUGCCCAGGUUGUGUAGUUUGACUCUGAAGAAGUUGGUGGUGUUGAGGGAGCUGGAUAAAGAGCUCAUCUCUGUGGUCAUCGCCGUCAAAAUUCAGGGCUCAAAGCGGAUCCUGCGCUCACAUGAGAUAAUGCUGCCCCCUACAGGGACUGUGGAGACUGACCUCGCCCUUACCUUCUCUCUGCAGUACCCUCACUUCCUGAAGCGUGAAGGGAAUAAGCUUCAGAUUCUGCUGCAAAGAAGAAAGCGUUAUAAAAACCGCACCAUUCUGGGCUACAAGACUCUGGCUGUUGGAUCUGUGGACAUGGCAGAGGUGAUGCAACACCCUGCAGAUGGAGGACAGGUUCUGUCUCUCUGCAGUAAUCAGAAGGAGAUAAUGGGAAAAGUGGCUGAAAUCUGGAUUUACUCCCUCUGUAGUCAACCAAUUGACCAUGAGGAGGCGGGGCUAAUGAAGAGCAAACGUUCUGAGAAUUAUUCAGAGGAGGAGUAUGAGAGUUUCUCUUCAGAGCAAGAGGCAAGUGAUGAUGCUGCACACACACAGGAUCUUGAAGAUGAUGAGUUUGAUGUGAGGAAAUCUAAAAAACAUCGACGCUCAAUCGUGAGAACAACAUCCAUCACAAGGCAGCAGAACUUUAAACAGCGAGUUGUCGCUCUGCUUAGACGUUUCCGUGUCUCUGAUGAGGUGCUGGACUCGGAGCAGGACCCAGCCGAGCCACCACCGGAAGUGGAGGAGGAUCUGGAGAGUUUGGACUUUGAGAACCCGAGUGACAGUCCAGACCUGGAGGAUGAUGACAGUGUACUGAGCACGCCCAAACCCCAGCUCAAGCCAUAUUUCGAGGGUGUGUCUCUCUCCAGUUCUCAAACAGAGAUUGGCAGCCUUCACAGCAUGAGGAGUCACAGAGAACCACCCAGUCCGAUGGAUCUGGAUAAGCAGAAGAUUUCUGGAGGAAAGUUUCAGAUGGAUGACAUGUCAGAUGGCAUCACUUUUGCGCAGCUUGAAGUCUUGACCCCAACCACAGAGUUGGAGAUGAUGGACAACAUAGACUCUUUUUUGGAGAAGCUGCCCCCUACAGGCAGAAUGGUUAAAACUGAGUCUCUCAUUAUCCAGUCUAACAGGCAGGAGGUGAAGCAGGUCCGCAGGGGGAGGAGCACAUCACUGAAGGAGCGACACACGAGUCGACCACCGAAUGAGAGAGCCAACAGUCUGGAUAACGAACAUCCACUGCACACACACUGUCCUCUACAGAUUCCCCGUAAGACAGUUUACGAUCAGCUGAAUCACAUCCUGGUGUCUGAUGAUUUUCUUCCUGACAGCAUCAUCCUCAUUAACACCUCUGACUGGCAGGGACAGUAUCUGUCUGAUGUCCUGCAGAAUCACACUCUCCCUGUUGUGUGUACGUUCACCACAGCUGACGUUCAGGCUGCAUUCAACACCAUCAUCUCACGAAUACAAAGAUUCUGUAAUAGUAACUCCAUCACUCCGUCCCCGGUGAAGAUUGCAGUUGCAGGUGCACAGCAUUACCUGUCCUCUGUGCUCCGCCUUUUCGUAGACCACCUGACUCAUAAGACUCCUGAUUGGCUGGGAUACCUGCGCUUUCUCAUUAUUCCACUAGGAGCCCAUCCUGUAUCUGAAUACUUGGCUAGUAUUGAUUACAGGUAUAACAACCUGUUCAAGGACUUAGCAUGGAGAGAUUUAUUCUACAAACCUGAAGCUCCAGCUAUAGUGCAGGAGAAUCCUGAUGUUGUCUCCAAGGUAACUCAGUACAUGCUGGGAGCAAAUGGAGCAUAUCAACUCCCCAUUGCAGAGGCUAUGCUAACUUACAAGCAAAAGAGGAAAAAGAGUUUUCAUUUUGAUUUUGCACUAAGUCCAGACGAAGACUCGUGUCAGAAAUUCAUCCCCUUUAUAGGUAUGGUGAAGGUGGGGCUGGUGGAACAGACCUCUGCUGUAUCAGGUGACUCAGAUGAUGCAGCUCCAUUAGCAUCUCUGCUCUCCUCUACUCCUCCUCAGAUCUCUCCAGCUUUAAAAGAAGUUUCUCCCACUCCUCCGUCCUCUCCUUCUAUUCACUCCUCCUUCUGCAGUUCCCCCGGGAGUGCUCAGGGGGAGCUGAUGGGGCUGCAGGUGGAUUACUGGGUCGCACCGUCAGAAAAGAAGAGAGAUGUGGAGAAAAAAGAUUCAGUCUCCAAAAACACGCUUAAGUGCACUUUCCGCUCACUGCAGGUUAGCCGCCUCCCACUGGGUGGAGCAGAGGUGGGGUCAACAAUGUCAAUGACUGUUGUCACCAAGGAGAAAAACAAGAAAGUGAUGUUUCUGCCAAAGAAAACAAAAGAUAAAGAUGUCGAGUCAAAGAGUCAGGUGAUUGAAGGAAUCAGCCGAUUGAUCUGCACUGCCAAACACCAGCAGACCAUGCUGAAGGUGUCUGUAGAUGGUGUGGAGUGGAGCGAUGUCAAGUUCUUCCAGCUCGCUGCUCAGUGGUCAUCUCACGUUAAGCACUUCCCCCUCGCCAUCUUUGGACACUCCAAAGGACCCUUCUGAACUUUAACCCUCCUUCUCGACCCUGCAUCACUCCAGCCUUUAAACUCUCCUGUGUUUUAGUUUAACUGAAGACUAAUGAACUGAUCAACUGAACAUGUGGAUUGAUUAACCGGCUAACUGACACCUGUCCCAGUGUGGAAUGUUCCAGAAUAUGUUAGUGUGUGAUCCGUGAUGGCGGUACAAGAGCAGCAUCUGUGUUUUAUUUACCUGAACACGUCUCGACUUGUUUUGUUCUGUUUGAUUGACAGCUAAACGUCAGGCUUCACUCCAGUAAUAGACAUAAUGACUGACUUUUCACUCCUGAUUUGAUUCAUUUGAAUUUCUCAUGUAUGUGAAUUGAACUUUUUACUUAUGAUUUCAUGAUUCAGCUCAUUUAAGUGAAUCAUGUUUUGUGAUAUUUGAUUAAUUUGAUUGAUUUGAAUCACUUUUUAUUCUUUCUGUUCAAAACAAACCAUUUAAAUGAAUUGAUCUAAGUUCUGACAUUUUUAUCUGAGUUUAAGUGACGAUGUCUGCUACGUUUUCUCAUGUUUGCUCUUGUUCACUGUUUUCACUCUGUUUUUGUGUGUGUGUGUGUGUGUGUGUGUGUGUGUGUGUGUGUGUGUGUGUGUGUGUGUGAGCAUGCGAGAGGUUAAAGCACUUUUUGUGUUUAGUUAAGAGCAGUUCUUAGCUUUUAGAUGAUUACAUGCCUGCUCGUGUUAAGGCCAUAAUUCCUGGACACUGGUGAAAAAUGUUCAGUUUAAUAUUAUGUAUUUUUUAUCAGCAGUGUUUGUUGCAGCUUGUGUGUAUUUAUUAAUGAUGGUGUAGAAUUGUGUAAGUAAACAACGUUAGAGACUGUGCCUUGUAGCACAUUUAUAAACCCCUUAUAAUUUCAUAUGAAGAGCUGUUACAGCAUCAUCACUGUCACUAUUUCUGUUCUCUUAUACAGUGAAAUUAUUAACAAGUUUGUUAAGAUUAAAAACGUAUUUUACUCAAAUGAGCAGAGUAGAGAUACAGUGCAUGCUGAACACAAACAGAAGCCAUUAUAAGGUUGUUUUAUUCUUAAACACCACCAGACCCCAGUGACAACAGACAGAACCCUAAUGAGCAGACAGACGGCCACGGAAAUCAGGAACCAUUAGGAACCAUUAGGACCAAAAACAUUCUUUUAAUCCAGAAACCCAUUAGAAAUCAUUAGAACCUGUUAGAAAUGUGUAAUGUUGGUGUGUCGAGACGUCUGAGGGUCGAAGCUCCUGAAAGUGUGAUUUAUAUUAGUGUAUAUACACAGAGACAGUGUUUAAAACUCACUUGUAAGUGAAAAAUGAAUGCACUCUUCUGGUUAGUCAGGAUAUUAACUCAUUUAUCUAAUUACAUGAUCGCCAUGUUUUAACUCCACCAAUAAGGAAGCAGCGUUGUACCAAAUGUCUGAAUAAACUAAGAUGAGGAAACGAGUGUGUGUGUGUGUGUGUGUGUGUGUGUGUGUGUGUGUGUGUGUGUGUGUGUGUGUUGCUGUGGCUCUGCAAGACUUGUUUUUGUAUUUUUAUUUUCACCUCAUAAAUGUUCCAUAAAGAUGGGUGUUAAGUGUCUACAGCAGGACGGAGAUGUGGGACAUCUGAUGAAUAUUUGUUAAGUUUAAAAUACUACCAGUGUGUUAAGUGAAGUGAAAGUAAUAAACUACACACACUACCAUGA